GCAUGAAAAUGAACACGUGUCAGUUUCAUCGGAUGUACUUUCCCCCAAAGUACAGUGCCCUUCUUUUCUGGUACUUUUUUUCAGACAGCUUUUUGAAGCUAAGAAUCUGAUUGUCCGAAUUUCCGUCCUCAAACAACAACGCUUUUGAAGUUUUGGCUAUGGCGGAAUCGUCUUCUUCGUCGUCGUCGCCGCCAUCGCCUACCGAAGAGAUUGUUCGAUUGAUCAAACGGUUAAGCGCUUACGUUACUUUCAAGAUGUCUAGCCUCUUCUCUACAUCUAUUCCCAAUCUGGAUUCAAGAUCUAUUGGUGCUAUAGCGGGGCUUGCGAUAGCUGUGAUAUUCACAUGGAGGGCUAUAAGAAGACCACCAGGGGAGCCUCGAAGAAGGCAGCCAAAACGCAGGACGAUGCAGUCAGCUGAAUCCUCCUCCUCUAGUGCUGCUGCUGCUCAGUCAGAUGUUUCUUUGCCUCAUGAGGAUAACGGAGUGCAAGAUGUUGUUGAUCACUUCUUUCAGCCUGUCAAACCUACACUGGGGCAGAUUGUUAGGCAGAAGCUUAGUGAAGGAAGGAAGGUAACGUGCCGUCUUCUUGGAGUCAUUCUUGAGGAAUCAAGUCCAGAAGAACUCCAAAAACAAGCAACAGUGAGGUCAUCGGUUCUGGAAGUUCUCCUAGAGAUUACAAAGUAUUCUGAUUUAUAUCUCAUGGAAAGAGUUCUUGACGACGAAAGUGAAGCCAGAGUUCUACAGGCUUUAGAGACUGCAGGUGUUUUCAACUCUGGUGGUUUGGUCAAAGAUAAGGUCCUGUUCUGUAGUACAGAGAUCGGAAGAACAUCCUUUGUUAGACAAAUAGAACCUGACUGGCAUAUUGAUACAAACCCAGAGAUCAGCACACAACUAGCUCGGUUCAUCAAAUACCAGCUUCACGUGUCUGCAUUGAAACCAGAGCGAACGGCUCCCAACGUGUUCACCUCGCAGUCUAUAGAGCAGUUCUUUGGAUGUGCUUAAUCAAAAAAAAAGAGAGGUGAAAGAUAAGCAACAAAACCUACAAACCUACAAUGUUCAAUUUGAUCAUCUUCUUGUUCUGACAGAAGCAAAGAGCAGAGGCGUAAAUGGUCUCGUUUCCAUCAUAAAACUUGUAACUUCCUUUUUUUUGUUGUGUUGUCUGGACAUUAAGAAUGUACUGCGAGUGUUAUCGGCGGAAGUAAAGAAACUUGUAAUUUCUGUAUCAACAACAUUAUCGUGUUUUCUUGUUGCAUCAAUGGGAUCUGUAAUGUGAAGUUUUCGACACCUUC